AUGGCUUGUAAAAGAGUACCGUUGGUGCUGCUCCAGCUGGUGGUGCUGCUGCAGCUGCCAGCAGCUUGGACGUCGUCAGAUGAGAAGCAUGCGGCACUGCCCGGCUGUCCUGAUAAGUGCGGCAACAUCCCGGUGCCCUACCCCUUCGGCAUCGGACCCAACUGCUCCAGGAAAGGCUUCGAGAUCACGUGCAGCGGCAGCAACAGAGCCUUCAUCUUCAACUCGACCAUCGAGAUCACCAACAUAUCGCUAGAGCAAGCCGAGGUGCAUGCAAACAUACCCAUAUCCUACCAAUGCUACAACGCCACCGGCGUGGUCUCGAAAGGAGUUCAGCCAGCGAUUGACCUUGGUGAGAAGUCCGCCUACAUAUUCUCCAGCACCCGCAACAUGUUCGCCGCCUUAGGCUGCUUCGCUAUGGCAUAUCUGGCGGGCAAUUAUUAUGAUGACGCAGAUUAUCAAUACGGUGGCGGCUGUGCCCCCUACUGCUGGGAUGAGAGGAGCAUCCAAAGCGGCUCAUGCACCGGCAUGGGCUGCUGCCAGAUCUCCGUCCCGGAGGGGCUCGUCAACAUUGACAUCCAAUUUGAUAACUAUGGCACGGGAGCACCGUGGAACAUCAGCAUCGGUCCAUGCAGUUAUGCCUUCCUCAUCGAAAAGGACUC